AUGGAGGAGCGCAGCGCCUCCGAGCCCAGCCCCGGCUGUAGCGGCUCAGAGCCGGGCGCUGUUGGCGGUGGUGGCCAUGCUCACGCGUGGCCUCCCCAGGACGCGUGGAUGGGCACCCACCCUAAAUAUUUAGAAAUUAUGGAAUUAGAUAUAGGAGAUGCCACCCAAGUUUAUAUAGCAUUCUUGGUUUACCUGGAUUUCAUGGAGAGUAAAAGUUGGCAUGAAGUAAACUGUGUGGGAAUACCAGAACUACAGCUCAUCUGCCUAGUUGGCACUGAGAUAGAAGGGGAAGGGUUACAGACUGUAGAGCCUACACCUAUUUCUGCUUCCCUCAGCCAUAACAGGAUAAGGGAAAUCUUGAAGGCAUCUCGAAAACUGCAAGGUGACCCAGACUCACCGAUGUCCUUCACAUUGGCCAUAGUGGAGUCAGAUUCCACCAUAGUCUAUUACAAGCUGACUGAUGGAUUCAUGCUGCCAGAGCCUCAGACUAUUUCUCUUAGAAGAUGAUGUUUGUAUUUCGCAAU